AUGCAGGCAUUGUGCAAGCUUGCAUCAACGGUUAUCAAACCACGUAACCAAGACGACAUACUGGCAAAAAUUUUAAAUGACAGGAGGUUUUUUCCCUGGUUCAAGGAUUGUGUCGAUGUUAUCGAUGGCACAUUGGUGGAUGCAUGGGUCCCUGUUUCAAGACAAAAUACAUUCCGCGGUCAGAAAUCAACGGUAUCGCAAAACGUACUUGCAGCUUGCGACUUCGAUAUGUUGUUCACAUUUAUUAAUUCUGGAUGGGAAGGUAGCGCUCACGACAACAUUAUUUUGGUUGACUCUAUUACACGAGCUGAUCUACAGUUUCUACACCCACCCAAUGGCAAGUACUAUUUAGUUGAUGCUGGUUUCACGAACAUGCCUGGAUUCCUUGCCCCAUUUCGGUCUCAACGGUAUCACUUGCAAGAGUUUCAUGGUUGUCAAUAUUCAGGACCUAAGGAAUUGUUUAACCAUCGACAUUUGUCAUUACGCAAUGUCAUAGAAAGAACAUUUGGUGUUCUGAAAAAGCGCUUCCCAAUAUUGCGGUCCAUGCCAAAUUACAAGUCUACAAGACAAGGGCCUCUCGUGAUUGCAUGUUGUGUAGUGUACAAUUGGAUCCGUUUGCAUGCAGAUAUGGACCCAUUCUUUAUGGAAGCUGAUAAUGAAAUGGCCGCAGAAGUAGAGGCAGACGGGCUUGUUGGAGACCAAGCUGAUUAUGUUGACAUGUUACAACAUGGGUUAACGUACCAAUCGAACGUUAGAGAUGCAAUUGCUACUGCUACGUGGCAAAAUCAUGUUGGCCAUGGAUAA